CCCCGCCCAUGAUGAGGGAGUGAACGCUGUCACACGAACUCUGUCUCACCGCUGCAACACGUGGAAAGUAGAUAUCCUCACCAUGGGAAAACUCCUGGAAUCUGCUGCUGCAGCUUUCUCUUUACCUCACUCAGCCACACAUAUCCAUUCAAAGACCCUCAACUUCACCCCCCAAAAAAUCCAAAAUUUGUCAUGAAACACUUGAACUGCUUAGCAAUCUUUGUCUUCUUUUGGGUUCGCUAGUAUAGUUUGUGACAUUUUUUCUAAGGAAAGCUGGUGGAUAAACCAUACAUAAACUUAAAUUUCAGUACAGAUUAUUUGUCAAACAUUAGAAGCUCGCCGUCUUUUAUUCAGGGGAAAGAUUACAUCUUCGCAAUGGAUGAACGUUAAACAACCUCAGUCAACUUACAAGUCAUUGUUGAACUGAUUAGUGAUUGAGAUUGCUGGAGAAGUUCCUCGAUAUUUACAGAAGGCGUUUUAGGAAAAUGAUAGAAAUCAUUUCUCAUCUUUCUAAGGGCUGCUUUUCUGACUUCCUGCAACACCUACCUGCGCCAACUUCCAGCAAAAGUUAGCGUUUCAGCUGGCUACGCUUAACAAUCCUUUAUGCACUCCUGCUGACUGAUAUCAAUGAGCAUAAUCCAUGACUGAAUCCAUUAGCAGAGACACUGCCAGUCUACCGCUGAGAUGAAUGAAUAAUUCACCUGGCAUUAGAGCCUUUGGAGUGUAGAGGAAACUACUGCCCUCCUGAGAAAGCCUCGACUAGAGGACAAGCAAAUUGUGCCGUCCUCAGGAAAUGAAGAGUUUGGUUUUCUAAAUCGUUUGCUUUUCCUCAUUUCCUGAAUCUCUCCCUUGUGACAGCUAUUGAUUUGGUAAUGGAAAUCAAUUACGGAUAAUGGCUUUUACAUGGGUCCACUUAUCAGGAGAAACCAUGAGCUGGGGUUUGCGUUGCAAAACGUUGGCACGUGCACGCCCGAGACGCAGGAGCCCAGAAAUCCAAUAAACAAACAAAAACAUAAUAAGUCUACGCGAUUAAAUAAAGCAAGAAAUAACAUCUUAAUUACUCCCCGUCGUCCUGUUCUCACUUCUUUUUUUUUUUUUUUUUUUUUUUACAAACAACAGCUUGGGGAAUAACCCUGACAUAUUCCAAGUGAAAUAUUCUCGCAAGGAGAACAAGCACCCACUUCUCCCGAUGACCAAAUUGAUACGUGGGAGUUUAUGGAAAAGUCUCAGACGGCGUCAGAGCGUGACAUAAUGACUCAGCUUGUAGGCGGCCUCUCCGCCACGUCAAAAAAAAAAGAAAAAAAAAAGACCCCACCAGUUUGUCUGAUGCGAGAGCAGACUGCUGGCCCAUCCUCGGGUUUCACUACACAUUUGGACAUCAUCGACACGCAUGCAAACAUGCACAGAGCUCUGAGUUCUUUCUGCAGACGCAAGAGACUGAAUUUUAUGAGGCGGAUCUGAGAAACCUUGGACCCUUGCUCCAUAUGAGGAAGAAAAUCAUCAGCACAACUUGUGUCCUCUUGGGUCUGUUUUCAAGUUUGCAUCUCUGCUCUGGGAAAUUUGGGACGCCAAUAACUGAUGAUGUGAGCAAGCUGUCUGAAUUGAAGCAGAAUAUCCCCUCCGAUUAUGAGAUUCCUGUCAGUUACGUUCCCAAAGAGGUGGCCGGCACGUGCUGGGUGGUUUUAAAUAUCUAUCCUUUGGAGCGAAGUCUUGAAAAGCUGGCCGGCAUGUUUGGUGCCAUGUCGUCAAACAGAGACGACAUCAACGUCUUCAUCACGAUGCUUAAGAGUUUACGCCUCACCUUUGACCACGAAGAGCUGGAAACAGCGAUGCAGGUCUUCCAGUGUCACUAUCGAGAAAGGAGCUUGCUCUCCGGACUUUACUUUGACUACAUCCAAGACCUCUUGCGUGCAGCCACUCAAGGAACAUCGAGUUUCUCUUGCAAGCCACAGCCAUGCCUUAAUCAUCAGCAAACAGCAGAAGGUCAGGAGGAGAGUCGUAAAUACAGAUGGUUAAAGAGCAGCUCUCUGCUUUUGGUGCUAAUCCCCUUCACAGCCUGUAUUGUGCUGAUAGUCUGGCAGGUUAAGUCUGGGAGAAACUUAAUAGCGUGCAACACUUCAAACGGCCAAACCGCAUCUCCUGACAUGAUCCCAACUGUGUCCGUCUCCAUCCCACUUCAAACGCUCACCCACGCCGAUGACAGCCAGCCAACGGGGGAGGCAAUCUCUGAACAUGAGAGUGGAUGAAGCGUGAUAAAGCAUAGAAAAAUUAGUGUGGUCUGUCACUUUUCCUGCUUGAGCGCCAGAGGAACUGGAGGAGAGGGAGCUGAGCUGGUGUAAAGGGAAAGAUGUGCUGGCAAAGUUCCCCCAGCUCUUGAGUCCGACACACGAGUUAUCCUCUCCGAAACUGGCUGCCAAAGUAAAAACAUGAUCUUGUUUUGGCUGGUGAAUCACAGCUCUAUAGCUGUUCAGUUCUGUGAAGUUAAAAGCCACUUUAAAGCCAUUCAAGGUGGCGCUGAGUCACAUUUGGGAACUUAUCACAUCAGUACAAUUCUCCACAGUUCAGAGAACCUUGUUGUUUUGAAUUGGAGCAACACUCAUGAAGCGAGUUGUCGAAGUGAUUGUCCUUUCAUUUCUAUACAAUCAAACAUGAACUCCAAACUGCUCUUGUACUGACGUCUUUUGAAGUCUUUUAAGGAGUUUAUGAAAAAACAAGUCCAUUCCUAAAA